ACUCAAAUGUGGAUUUCUUUGACAGGUAAACCAAAAUUAGAUUUAUUUAUUUGACUUUCAACACAGUGAUAGAGGUGAAACAGAACUUGUAUUGCAAGUGACAGUCGUCAACCCUUUGAUUACCCACUUAACCUGUGAAAGGUUGACAACACUGUCUCCUCUUUGUACUUCCCACAAGCAGGACUGUGUUUGCCCUGAAUUUUGAAGAGAAAUUCAUUGAAAGUGGUGUGCAACUUUCUUUGAUGGCCUUACUUCCCUUUGACCAAAUCAAAUUCUGCUAAAUCUAUAUGUAGGUGCAAAUGAUUUUUGAUUCCUUUGAUUUCCUUGUAGCUAUGGCAUGGAUGGCACAAGUUUUACUGAACCACCCCCAAUGUAAGUGUCAUUAUUGUAAUUUGUCUUUUUUACCUCUCAUUGUGGUCCUCUUUAUAACAUUCAUGUAUUCCAAGAAAGUAAAUUUAAAACAUAAUUGAUGCCUUAUAAUAGGGGGCUUAAUGGGGCAAUGCCACAUUAUUUGUCAUUUUUUGAACUAGCUAAUACUUGUCGUCACAUCAUUUGAAACUGUUUCCUGUCAUUGGUUGCAACAGAUGGCAAGGAUGGAAAUGGAUUGAAACUUGAAAAAGUUGGCUCAACUUUUUCAAGUUUUAAUCUAAAAUUAUCAAUGGUUGUGCUUGCUGAUUAAAUUUGUUGGAAGGGCUGGAGAGCUGGAUGUUUCCACUAGUGGUGUAACGAUUAAUCGAAUUCUUGAUUAAUCGCGAUUAUGACCGUUCGGUUUCGAUUCAGGAUUCUUUGCUUCCGCGUUUCGAUUUUGCUUCGAUUUUUGCAUACCUUUUCCAGGGUGCCCGCAGUGAGUUAUUAUAUUGUAAAAUCAGAAUCCAGAAUUCUUUAAAAUGUGCAUUUUUGAUUGACGAGCAAAGACGAUAGCAGUUCGUGCGCCAUUUUGUGUUGCCUGGUAAAAAAUGCUGUCCUUCAACCACCCCUUGAGAAUUUCCAAAUAAGACAAACCAUCUUUGUCAGGUUCUCAAACAUGGCAACAAACCAAGCGACUGUGAAUCCUCCUGUCCCUGUUACUACCUGUAUUCUCAAAUUGAGGGUUUAGGGUUGCAUGUUGUUAACUUUACACGUUAUGUUAUAAGAAUUAAGAAACAUUUACGUAAUCGAAUUGAAAUAAUCGAAAUCAAAAGACAAUAAUCGAAAUCAAAUUGAAUCGUUACACCCCUAGUUUCCACUGGCUACUAUGAAUGUGGUCCUUAGCUAUUUUCAUAGGCAGAUUAGAGAAAAAUAGAACCAAAAGAAAUCCAUAGCAGUUUGAUUACCCGCCAACUUGAUGUAUUUACCAACAACUUGAAAUCUUAGUAACUGCCCUGCCAACACUUCUAAAUGUCAAUUUGAUCUGGACGAAAUGAGCUCAUGCAAUGACCAGUACCACCACUCACAAAAACAAAACAUAACUGGUUAUUAAGCAAAGUAAUAAUAUUAACAUUGUCUCUGCAGGUAUGACAGUCCAUUUGGAUCAAGCUCUUGGGAUAGAGAUAGAGACAGGUAUUUGACUUGCUUGUAUGUGCACAAUGUAAUAAUUUUAUUUCCUCUAAACUGAACAAAAUUAAUGUUGAAUGUGUUGAACUUGUCCAACUUCACUAGACAUCACAAGUUCUUGCUGAAAAAUAUGCCAUGCAAUCUUUAAACCAGUACCCCUCAAAGCGAUUUACAUCUAAAUUCUGUGAAGUACAUCUCUGCUUAAUAAAAUUUGUAUACUUUUUUUCACUUCAGUGUUAAACCAGAUCUAUUUUUGCCUCUAGCUAAAAGAAUAACCUGUAAGAACACUUUCUGUAUAGAUCUCUCAAGCUAAACUCAUAGUUGAUCUAUGGCAUUUGUGGCAUUUUGAAACGGCUAGCCAUUAUUUUAACUUUGGUCGGUACUGGUUUACAUCAUACAAACCCAAACUUUAUAUUUUGUUGAACACAGAGAUGAAUUAAGGUCCUCAUUCUCCAGCGAAAGGCGGUCCAGUCGUGAAGAAAGGUAGGGUGACUUUUAUCUCCAUUCAAGUUUUUUUUUUAUGUUAUGAUAGGAAGAAGCAACUGUAAAUGAAGAGAUAAGUUAAUAACUACUGUUGUUAGUAUAAGAAGCGAAAAAAAAAAAAUGAUAAUAGUACAGCAAGGUAUCCACAACAACAAAGGUCAAUAUAACUAUAGUCCUGAUUUGUAAAAAGCUGUAAAAAUAAAUGCAAAUGGAUACACUUAAUAGCUUUUUUUGAUGAGCAAGACUUUGGAAAAAGUUGCAUUUAAGAGAAACUAAUUAAUUUCUUAUAAUUUGUUAUCAUAACCUGUUUAUUUUCUUCCCUUUAUAUUUUGGUAGUUUGAUUAUUGAACUUUUUUGUCACAAUAUUUAGGUCUAACAGAAAAAAGGAUAUGAAUCCUGUAGACAUGUCAUCAUCAGGUAACAGACCUUCAGCUGUAGUUAAAGGAUAAUUUAGUAGGACAUUAUCAUUGUUCUUCUCUUCAGGAAGUUACCACUGAAACUUACUGCCUGCUACCUUCUUGAACUAUUAUAGUGUGCAGUGAAACUCUUCUUAGCAAUAACCCCCUUCCCCCUGUUUAAACUAGACAUAUAUAAACUGCGUGAGUUUGGGCUUCCAUAUCGAAAAUUCAAAAUGAGAAAACUUCACCCAAGAAAUCAUUCCUCUGGCAACAUAUAUCAAAAUAACCACAGUCUAUAUGCAUAAACAUUUGGAAACAAUGCUGAUUGCAUGACUAAAAUGCAUUAGAUUGCAGUUAUUGUAUAAUAGAGGUCAUAAAAACAAAGGAAGGUAAAAUCAGCGACAUGAAUGCAAAGAGUAAGAAUAUAGUUACACAAAAGCUAAUUGAAGUACUCAAUUCAUUUUCUGUUUCUUCUUCUGCAAAGGAACUUAGUUUAAGGCAGCUCCGUCAUUAAUGCAGGCGCAUUGAGCUAUGAUGAACUUUGCAAAGAACAACAAAUAUCAUUCAGCAAUAAUGAAAUAUUCCGAUUUCACUGCAAGUAAAUAUUUUUUGCUAGUAAAAAAUGUUGCUGAUAUUUUUGACUGAAAUUUCUGGUGUCGGUUUUUAUUGAUACAAUAAAUAUGUGAGAGAAAUUUCAGUGAAAUCAUUGGAAAUUGCCUGUAACUAAAAGUCGUUCAAUUGCUUUGGAAGUUCAAAAAACAAAUUGCUCUGAGGUUUGAACGAGCCUCCUGUUUGAAUUUCCGGAGCAAGUAAUUCCAGUGUUUGCUUACUCUUAAAACCAAAACCGAUUGCCAAUGGGGCUGUUCUUUGAAAGGUACUCUUUAGUUUUAGAAGCACAAUAAAUUACUCCAAACUUUCUCUGAAGUUAAAUGACUUGUUCCUCUACAUUUUUGAAAUAUCUCUUUGCAGUUUUGGCUGAAACUUAUGCUGCAUACAUUAUGAUGUAUUGCAAUGUAUCUUUAACUGCUUUUACUACUGUAUUUUGGUUCCAAUUCAAAAUAAGGCAUUGGUUUUGUAAGCUACCUUAGAACUCAAAUAGAACUGUCGAGCACCUUUGUUUAUGAAUACAAAAUGAGCACAGGUGGCAGAUCUGCAAUGAAUUUGUACCUUGCCCAAGGGGGACAAACUUCAGUGAUGCCCAUGCCUGCUAACUGAUAUGUAUAUCGCAAAGCAAAAUAUAAUGAUCAAGAAAAAAUACUACCUGGCCAUCAAAAAGUUGUGUCAGUAGUUAUUAAAACAACCAGAUUUUACUAUAUAUUAUUGUGUCAUUCUGCUUGUGCCCUAAUCAUGUUUAUCUCUACAGGUGAAGCUCAGAGAAAGUUUGGAAAUGCUAAGAGUAUUUCUUCAGAUCAGUUUUAUGGCAACAGAGACCAGGUAAAGACAAUUGUCCAGGCGCCUAACAAUGUAUUGCAGUGGGUACUCUAAAGUUCAAAAGAAGCCUAAUUUUUUGUUGCUAUUUUGGCAACAUUGAGAAAAAGUAGCGGUGUAGAAAAAUAAAUGUGCACAUAAAUCACCUUCAGUAUCAAGCACUGAAAAACAUAGUUUUAUUGUUAAAUUCUCCACCUGAGUUAAUGCAGUUUCCAGCUUUCUCAGUGUUCACUUGAUUUUGGAUGUUAGCCACAAUACAUAUGGUAAAUGACAGCAGCAAAUGUUGUUUAGUUUAAAAAUCUCAAUAUUAUAUACCAGCGCUCCAUUGUAGAGUGAAACACAAUGACAACAGUAAUAAAAUUUAUGCUUGGACAUUUUGGCAAAAUUAUAUCACAGGUGAAUUUUAGACUUAAAAUUUUUGUGAUGAAAUGUUAGCUCAAAAAUCUUCAAACCAGCACUCUCUUGUUAAGUGUAAAACUUGGCAGCAAUAUUUACAGAGUGAUUUAUACUCAGACAUUGUGGUAACAUGACAUCACCGCAGAAUGAUGACUCAAAAUUUGACGGCACUUGCCCGGUUAUUGAUUAAGAGUUUUAUCUUGUCUUUGAUUGUAGGAGGAGUAUGCGGUCAAGUCCAGACUUGAUCGCUUUCAAGGUUCCAGCAGCUUGUCUAGUGCAGAUCUAUUUGGAAAUGAUGAUGGGCGGUCUUCAAGAUCAAGUAAGGAUCACUCACUUGCUAAGCAUUUGCCCCAGUUAACCCUAUGAAAUUAGCAACAGACAGAUUUUAACAAACAGCCAACACAAUGUAACAAAACCUAAUUUAUGUUGCUUAACAUAAUAAGCAGUCAUUGACCCAAACAUUUGGAUGCUUAUCUUUCUUUAAGGUGCUUCUGGUAGCUUUUCAUCUGCAGAUCUCUCUCAGCUUAAAGAUGGAGUGGCUAGGGUAACUGGGAAGGUGAGAAUUGAGUCACAUAUUUUAUCAUACCAAAGACCUUACUCUUUAAAACAGCCUGUAUGAAGAAAAAUCAAUCCUUUUGGCAAGGAGUAGUGUAUCAUUCAUCAAAAUGAUUAUCCUAGCUAACUUACUUACUUUCAGCAUACUAGCAUGAGUAUUGUUUUGGAAUUACCAGUAGCUCUUGCCAUGCCAAUGAAGCUAAGGCAGCCUAAGCUCAGUAUGAGAGUUAAAUCAUUAAUAUGUAUGGUAUCAUAUUGUGUUAUCUUGAAAAUGAUGGUUGUGAUUACAAAGGAUUUGUAUGGGAGUUCAAGUAGAAGAUUCAAGAACAUAAAACAUUAAUAAUAUUUACUGGAAUUUUCAGUUAAAUAAGGUAAUGAGUGUGUUUUUUACUGAAAUCCCAGUGUGUAUUUAUCUUCUUGAAUCUAUUAUCUGAAUUCCCAUACAAGUCCUUUAUAACCUGGACAUUUGGAGGAUUUUACCCCCUCCCCCCCCCCCUCCCCCAUUAAGGCAAGGGGUGAGGUAUGGCUGAGUGGAAAUUCAAUGGUUAAAUUGUAAGGCAAAACUCGAAUUUGCACAGAACGGGUUGGAUAAAUCAAGAAAAACUCUCCAUGCGGGGAGAUAUUCCAGGUUUUAUGGAUACAGUAGAAUCUCGAUUUAAUAAACCUCUAUGUAACGAAGUCCUUGGUAUAACGAACUAUUUUCUUUACCCCACUAAUAGUAUAAUAUUGUUAUGGAGAAGAACCUUGAUAUAACGAAACCUCCUUAUAGCGAACAUAUUAACAGUCCCUUGGCCCUUCAUUAUAUGGAGGUUCCACUGUAGAUGCAAAAAACAAUGACUUUUCUUUUAUUUUUUAUUUUUUUUCCUUUCAGUUGUCAAGCAUGGCUUCAGGGGUUAUAGGAACAUUACAGGUAUUAUUGUAGUUUUUUUUUAUUAUUUUAGUCUUAUUUUUCCUCAUAUAAAUGGCCCUAUUGUGUCUUAUCUGAAGAUAAUUUCUUUGAUAUUUUCAGAAUCGUUACAGUGGAUCAAGUUGA